CACUGUUCGCUCGAGCGCUCUCUACGCGUCUUGAUAAUGAUGAACCACGGGGUUCAAUUGAUAUUUUAAGAGUUCAUCAAGGAGCAUCAUUGCUCCAUCUGCAUUAUUACAUCCCGAACCACUUUGGAAUACGACUUUUCUGCGGCUUCCCCAGAUGCUUCAACUUGAUCAAGCUCCAUGCCCCCUCGCCCUCCUGCCUGCUGUCGAUUGGCACAGCGUCCGCUAGCCACGCCUGUCGAUUCAAUAUGGGUUUCUGACGAGAUUCUGUGCACUGUGUUUCGGCAGUUUUGUGCCCUGUCAAGGACCGCGAGACGCUAUGGAAGCUCCGUCCCUGGUCCAAUGGAGAGUAGGAGAAGAUUGGGGAAGAGACGCAUGACGCAUCUUUCAGAAGCAAUUCCCACGUCUGCUCCGAACCCAGUGCACAUAUGGGGCUUGUUUGGAAACGCUGGCAGAACCCAAUGGCGGUGGGAAGCCCCCACGCCGCGCCUCUCGAAGAACGAUGAUACGGCCGCAUUGCCAGCUUGGUUGUCAGAAUGGGAUACUACGCCCCAAGAAGAUUCCAAUGAAAUCCUAUGGCCUGAGAUGACGGAAGAGAGAACCUUGGUUGAGGGUAUACCAACUGUGGAAGAGGAUGUAUGCCGCUUUCGAGAAACACUCAGAAGCAAAUCGGAUCUCGACAGUCACAUCGCCGACUUUAAUCAAAGUCUCAAGCAAAGCCUUACUCUUGGUUUGGUCUCUAGCGAACUUCUCGAACAUAUAAUCCAACAGGUUACCGAGGAUCUACAAGAGGUAUCUAAAAAUCAUAAAGUUGCUCGAGCUCGAUGCCUCGCGUUCUACAAUGCCAUCUGGGAUGGAAUCACGGCCUCGCGAGUUCUUCGGCCUAUCGAUUUCGAUGGGAAAGUCAUCAAUGAAUUCUUGUCUCUCCUUUCGCGUCUGCCUUCUACCCGAGAAGUACAGAUCUUGGCUCAUAGGAUUCUUUGCUCGAUGUCUGUUGUCCAGCUUCGAUGCCUGGAGCAGGGUAUAAUUUCGUUAGUGAAAUCCUGGCUGCAUAGCUGGCUUGAAGUAUCACGGAUUGGUGAUAGCCAACUUGAAAUCAGAGCAGCAGAGGAGUAUGUUAUGGAGACAGGGAGCAAGCUCGGGAAUGUCCAACGACUUGUCAUGGCUUUAGAGGAAGGGUCAAACGCUAUGACAGAUAUUUCCUUGGUUAGGGAAGCAGUAUCUGAUGUUCAUAUGGCUAUCUCUCGAGCUCUGGGUGCCAUCGCUAAGGCCGAUCAAUCUAUAUCGCCAUUCAAAGCAUCCGCCAAGCUCCUCGCUGAUGCUCUUCAGAAGCUACCUUACGAUCUGCUUUCAAGCAUUGUUCCUUCUUGUUCGGAGCACAUUAUGAUGGCUUGCAAGGGGCGCCGGAAAUCUUUUCAAACGGUGCGCUACUACUGGCUCUCCACGAUAGCACAGUUAUCAAAUGUCGACACGGAGCUCUUUCUUCAGAACUGGCGCAAAUUAGAGAGUCAGGAUACCAUACUCGAAAAUGAUGCUAGCGACCUCAUACUUAGCCUAUGGAUGAGUCAAGGAUAUGUGAAGAAUAUAGAUGGUGUUAGGAACAGUUUUGAGGCGUCUGCACCACGCCCUGAGAAGAAGGACUUUGCCUCAUUACUUUUUGCCCUUGACAAGCACAGGGAGAAUUCCUUGACACGAACAAGGGAUCUGUUUCUCCUGCUAGAAGAGCUUGGAAGGUAUAAGAUGGUAUAUAAGAUCCUGUCUCGAAUGAACGACCUUGGUCUCAAGGUCCCAGCGACUUGCCUUGCUCGAUCUAUCGAUACGAUGAGCAACCAUGACGUCCGCCUUGCUCUAAAGAUCUUCCAUCUUCGCACAGUUAUGCUACUUGGCGACAGGCGAUUCAGAUUGGAUUGGAUUCCUGAUUUCAUAAUUGCGCUUAUCAAUGACCGCUCUGUCGAACCAAAACGGAUCUGGGAAAUUUUGGGGAUACCUAUAUAUGAAAACCGUCCACGUUCUCAGCGACAUUUUCAGCCCAGGGCUUUGCCUCAGACCAUGAUAGAUCUUUUGCACAGGAUGGCUCUGGCGUUUGCGCAAUCACCGGCCCGACCUACCCGUGUCGCCGUUCGAAAUGUUCUUCAAUGUCUGUACCACCUGCGCCUUCAUCGUGCGCCAAUAAGUCCAGAACUGGCCAGAGCAAUGAGCUCUGCAGGAAUUACCAGGGAGAUUAUCGCUGGGCAGUGGAUUCGUGAGGAUAGAUUACAUUAUACCCUUGUUUUGAUUGAUGAGUUAGAGGGAAAGGAGGUUGCGGAUAAGGUAGAUGCAACUGUUCUAAAUUGGAGGCAACACUUGUCUGAGAAACAAGCUCGCCGCGCGAGAGAGGGGAAUGUACUACGUGUGGGUCCGAUAGAUUAGGGAAAUCCAAAUAAAUAUCAAGUUUCACA